AUGGAGGAGAAGGCUGCGAGGAAGAGGAAGAUGCCCUGGGACCACCAGGCAGACAAGCAGCUGAGGAUGGAGACUAGGGAGGACAAAGCCCCAUGGCACAACUUCAUAGCAGAGGCCAUUUUGAGUGGCUCCACAGCACAGGAAUACAAUAGGGAAGAAAAGCCCCAGAGAUCCCACAGGAGGAGGGGCUGCAAACCCAGCCCAGGGUGCUCUGAGGAGAAAAGACCCACCCUGGGCCAGGAAGGUGGACAGAGCUUCAGCCAGAGGUCAGAGCUGGUGGCCCAUGAGCAGCUUCUUGAUGGGGAGAAUCCCUACAAGUGCUUGGAGUGUGGGAAGAGCUUCAGGCAGAGCAGCACCCUGAUCAGCCACCAGAUGAUCCACACUGGGGAAUGGCCAUACAUGUGUGGGGAGUGUGGGAAGGGGUUCAGCUACAGAUCCACCCUUGUGACCCACCAACGCAUCCACACCGGGGAGAGGCCCUAUGAGUGUCCUGAGUGCCAGAAGAGGUUUCGGAUUAGCUCAGAUCUUCUCCUGCACCAGCGGAUUCACACAGAAGGGAGGCCCUUCCACUGCCCUGAUUGUGGGAAGGGCUUCAAGCGCAACUCCCAUCUCAUCAGGCACCAGCUCAUUCACUCCGGGGAGAGGCCCUACGAGUGCCUCACGUGUGGGAAGAGGUUUCAGACCAGCACCAAUCUCCGCCGGCAUGUGCAGAUUCACAGAGAUGAGAGGCCCUUCCGCUGCCCUGACUGCGGGAAGGGCUUCAAGCAGAACGUCACCCUCAUCAGGCACCGGCGCAUCCACACUGGGGAGAGGCCCUACGAGUACCCCACAUGUGGGAAGAGCUUCACCCAGUGCUCUGACUUGACCAGCCAGGAGUCACCA